GUCGUAAGCCCGGCCUGCACUGCGGCGUUUCCCGCGCGGGCUACCCCAGUUCCCGGGCGUACGGCGCGGCCUUUUGUACCGCCGCCGGCGCCGUCGCCGUCAUGGGUUUCCUGAAACUGAUUGAGAUCGAGAACUUUAAGUCGUACAAGGGUCGGCAGAUUAUCGGACCGUUUCAGAGGUUCACCGCCAUCAUUGGACCCAAUGGCUCUGGUAAGUCAAAUCUCAUGGAUGCGAUCAGCUUUGUGUUGGGUGAGAAAACCAGCAACCUGCGAGUAAAGACGCUGAGGGACCUGAUCCACGGAGCUCCUGUGGGCAAGCCAGCUGCCAACCGGGCCUUUGUCAGCAUGGUCUACUCUGAGGAGGGUGCUGAGGAUCGCACCUUUGCCCGUGUCAUUGUUGGGGGUUCCUCUGAGUACAAGAUCAACAACAAAGUGGUCCAGCUACACGAAUACAGUGAGGAAUUAGAGAAGUUGGGCAUUCUCAUCAAAGCUCGUAACUUCCUUGUCUUCCAGGGUGCUGUGGAAUCUAUUGCCAUGAAGAACCCCAAAGAGAGGACAGCUCUAUUUGAAGAGAUCAGUCGCUCUGGGGAGCUGGCUCAGGAAUAUGAUAAGCGAAAGAAGGAAAUGGUGAAGGCCGAAGAGGACACACAGUUUAAUUACCAUCGCAAAAAAAACAUUGCGGCUGAACGCAAGGAGGCCAAACAGGAGAAAGAAGAGGCUGACCGCUACCAGCGCCUGAAGGAUGAGGUGGUGCGAGCUCAGGUGCAGCUGCAGCUCUUUAAGCUCUAUCACAACGAAGUGGAAAUUGAGAAGCUUAAUAAGGAACUGGCCUCUAAGAACAAGGAGAUCGAGAAGGACAAGAAGCGAAUGGACAAGGUAGAGGAUGAGCUGAAGGAGAAGAAGAAGGAGCUGGGCAAAAUGAUGCGGGAGCAGCAACAGAUUGAGAAGGAGAUCAAGGAGAAGGACUCAGAGCUGAACCAGAAGCGGCCUCAGUACAUCAAAGCUAAGGAGAAUACCUCCCACAAAAUCAAGAAGCUGGAAGCAGCCAAGAAGUCCCUGCAGAAUGCUCAGAAGCAUUAUAAGAAGCGUAAAGGUGACAUGGAUGAGCUGGAAAAGGAGAUGCUGUCAGUAGAGAAAGCCCGGCAGGAGUUUGAGGAACGGAUGGAAGAGGAGAGUCAGAGUCAGGGCAGAGACUUGACCUUGGAGGAGAAUCAGGUGAAGAAAUACCACCGAUUAAAAGAAGAAGCCAGCAAGAGAGCUGCUACCUUGGCCCAGGAGCUGGAGAAGUUCAAUAGAGAUCAGAAGGCUGACCAGGACCGGCUGGAUCUGGAAGAGCGGAAGAAAGUAGAGACAGAGGCAAAGAUUAAGCAAAAGCUCAGGGAGAUUGAAGAGAAUCAGAAACGGAUUGAGAAACUAGAGGAAUACAUCACCACUAGCAAGCAGUCCCUAGAGGAGCAGAAGAAGUUAGAGGGGGAGCUGACAGAGGAGGUGGAGAUGGCCAAGCGGCGUAUUGAUGAGAUCAAUAAAGAGCUGAACCAGGUGAUGGAACAGCUGGGGGAUGCUCGUAUUGACCGACAGGAGAGCAGCCGCCAACAGCGAAAGGCAGAGAUUAUGGAAAGCAUCAAGCGCCUGUACCCUGGCUCUGUGUAUGGCCGCCUCAUUGACCUCUGUCAACCCACACAAAAGAAAUAUCAGAUUGCUGUAACCAAAGUUUUGGGCAAGAACAUGGAUGCCAUUAUCGUGGACUCUGAGAAGACAGGCCGGGACUGUAUUCAGUACAUCAAGGAACAACGUGGGGAGCCUGAGACCUUCUUGCCUCUUGAUUACCUGGAGGUGAAACCUACAGAUGAGAAGCUCCGGGAACUGAAGGGAGCCAAGCUGGUGAUUGAUGUGAUUCGUUAUGAGCCACCCCACAUCAAAAAGGCCUUGCAGUAUGCUUGUGGCAAUGCCCUCGUCUGUGACAAUGUGGAGGAUGCUCGCCGCAUUGCCUUUGGAGGCCACCAGCGUCACAAGACAGUGGCACUGGAUGGGACCCUGUUCCAGAAGUCAGGAGUGAUCUCUGGUGGGGCCAGUGACUUGAAGGCCAAGGCUCGGCGCUGGGAUGAGAAAGCAGUGGAUAAAUUAAAAGAGAAGAAGGAGCGGUUGACAGAAGAGCUGAAAGAGCAGAUGAAGGCAAAGCGGAAAGAGGCAGAGCUACGUCAGGUGCAGUCUCAGGCCCACGGACUGCAGAUGCGACUCAAGUACUCGCAGAGUGACCUGGAACAAACCAAGACACGACAUCUAGCCCUGAAUCUACAGGAGAAGUCUAAACUGGAGAGUGAGCUAGCCAACUUUGGGCCUCGCAUUAAUGAUAUCAAGAGGAUUAUCCAGAGUCGUGAGAGGGAAAUGAAAGACUUGAAGGAGAAGAUGAACCAGGUAGAGGAUGAGGUGUUUGAAGAGUUUUGUCGGGAGAUUGGUGUGCGCAACAUCCGGGAGUUCGAGGAAGAGAAGGUGAAGCGGCAGAAUGAAAUUGCCAAGAAGCGUUUGGAGUUUGAGAAUCAGAAGACUCGCUUGGGCAUCCAGUUGGAUUUUGAAAAGAACCAACUGAAAGAGGACCAGGAUAAAGUACACAUGUGGGAGCAGACAGUGAAAAAGGAUGAAAAUGAGAUAGAAAAGCUCAAGAAGGAGGAACAAAGACACAUGAAGAUCAUAGAUGAGACCAUGGCCCAGCUACAAGACCUGAAGAAUCAGCACCUGGCCAAGAAGUCGGAGGUGAAUGACAAGAAUCAUGAGAUGGAGGAGAUUCGUAAGAAACUGGGGGGCGCCAACAAGGAAAUGACCCAUUUACAGAAGGAGGUAACAGCCAUUGAGACCAAGCUGGAGCAGAAACGCAGUGACCGCCACAACCUGCUGCAGGCUUGCAAGAUGCAGGAUAUCAAGUUGCCACUGUCUAAGGGCACCAUGGAUGACAUUAGUCAGGAGGAGGGUAGCUCCCAGGGAGAGGAUUCUGUGAGUGGUUCCCAGCGAACUUCCAGCAUCUAUGCACGAGAGGCCCUGAUUGAGAUUGACUACGGUGACCUGUGUGAAGAUCUGAAGGAUGCCCAGGCUGAGGAGGAGAUCAAACAGGAGAUGAAUACACUGCAGCAGAAGCUGAAUGAGCAGCAAAGUGUACUCCAGCGUAUUGCUGCCCCCAACAUGAAAGCCAUGGAGAAGCUGGAAAGUGUCCGAGACAAGUUCCAGGAGACCUCAGAUGAGUUUGAGGCAGCCCGAAAGCGAGCCAAGAAAGCCAAGCAGGCAUUCGAACAGAUCAAGAAGGAGCGCUUUGACCGCUUCAAUGCUUGUUUUGAAUCUGUGGCCACCAACAUCGAUGAGAUCUAUAAGGCCCUAUCCCGCAACAGCAGUGCCCAGGCAUUCCUGGGCCCCGAGAACCCCGAGGAGCCCUACCUGGAUGGCAUCAACUAUAACUGUGUGGCUCCUGGCAAACGCUUCCGGCCUAUGGACAACUUGUCAGGGGGGGAGAAAACGGUGGCGGCUCUGGCUUUGCUCUUUGCCAUCCACAGCUACAAGCCAGCCCCCUUCUUCGUCCUGGAUGAGAUCGAUGCUGCCCUGGAUAACACCAACAUUGGCAAGGUGGCAAAUUACAUCAAGGAGCAGUCGACUUGCAACUUCCAGGCCAUCGUCAUCUCUCUCAAGGAGGAGUUCUACACCAAGGCUGAGAGCCUCAUUGGAGUCUACCCCGAGCAAGGGGACUGUGUGAUCAGCAAAGUCCUGACCUUCGACCUCACCAAGUACCCAGAUGCCAACCCCAACCCCAAUGAGCAGUAGCAAUAGUUCUGCCCUCCUGCCCUGUCUGGAUCCCUAAGCUUCCCCUCUCCCAAUCUCUGGAUAUUUGGCUCCCAACCUCCCCUUACCUCCUGUCCCUGUUUGGUAUAGUCAUGGGAUUUAGGCAUUGCUGUCAAGCACGAAGAGGAACAGAGGUGAUAUUAGGUCUGGAGCAAAAAUUCCUGAGCUUCAGGGAGCAUCCUGGCCUUUGGAAGGAGGUGCUGAGCUGAACUGAGCUGAACAGGGCCAUCUGUCCAUCCCCUAUCUUCCCCUCUCCCAGACCUCCCCCCUCCUCCCUCCUCCCAUCACCCAUAAUCAUGGGUUGGGCCCCUUGCAUCUUGCUUGUGUGUGGGUAUGUAUGUGUGUAUAUAUGUGUCCGCAUGUGUGCAUAUGGGCGUGCUUGCAAAAUAAUAAAAGAUAUUGGAGAUCCAUUUUAGAAGGAGCCUAGGCUGAAUUUGAUUCCAAGAGAGCUUAGUAUGACAGCACCCCAGAGCUGGGCAAAGGUAUUCAGGACCUCAUAGGAAUCAGUCACAUGAAAUUGCCCUCAUUCACUCAUUUGUGUUUUUGUUCAUUUGUGUAUUCAUCAGACAUAUAUUUGUCAGGCUCUAUUCUAGAAAUACAGAGCUAAAUCAGAUAUGGUCUCUACCCUCCUACCAAGGAGAUGCAGUGGGUUCAUGGUUUCUCGUGGUCAGCUGAAUCAUAUUUAUAGGUACUUAGAGUUUGAGAAGAGGAUGAUCACCUCCAGGCUUCCUGGAGAAGGUCACAUUUGAGCUGAACCUUGACAAUUGGUAGGAUUUGGUUGGGCACUAGGAGUGGAACCUGGGCUCUGGGGACAGACAUUUGUGGGUUCUAGUCCUUUUUUUAAAAAUCACUAGUUUGAUGUUGGGCAAGUCAUUUGACCUUUCUGUGCCUCAGUUUCCUCAUCUGUAAAAUGGGGCUAACAAUAUUACCUACCUCAUAGGAUUUAAUGAUGUCAAGCUCCUCACUGGGGGCCUUAUCCCUGCUUGGAGCCCACUAGGUGCCAACCCCUCAGAAUAAAAGCCUUCUCAUACCUGGACCCCUGAGGGGUCUGAUCCCAGUUGUUGGGGAUGGAAAGACUCUCCAGAUCUGGGAGAUGCUAAAUGCCUUGGUUACUGAGAAAGUUCCAGGGCACUGAUGGGGUUUACCCGGUAAGUGAAGGGCUUAAGGAAGCCUAUAGCUUCAAUCAUGUAUGGUAACCAGGUGCCUGGGCCCCAACCCGGGUCAUGAGGAAGUCGGGGAGAGGUAGCCUGGGCCACAUCCCGGCCGAAUAUGUGUGAAGUUCCUUCUGGGAACUAACCUGUGUCAGCUGCAGGGACCGUGCAGAGGCAGCAGAGCCUGCUGCCAUGAGGUCAGCCUAUGCUCGUUCUCAUACACUGUCAGACCAUCACCUUGUCCUGAUUGUAUACCACAUUCUUGUUUCUUCAAAGUUAAAUUUGUUCUGAUUACUCAAGUGACUCAUGAAUCCAUUCUCUAAGAUGUCAGAUUUAUAAGUAGAGCUAGCCUUGUUUGACUACCAUUGCCCGUCCCCUUCUAAACUGCUGUUAUGUUUGUUGUACAUCCAUCUAGACAGUUUUAAGACUUUGACAUAUAUGAGCUCAUUGAAAAUAUUGUGUAUUUAAUACAAAUGGUAUAUUGAGUCGUUCUGCAAUUUGCUUUCCUUGUUUAACAGUUUUUGAGAUCUAUGCAUGUUUUUGCUAAAUGUAGAUUCAAUUCAUCCUUUGUAAUUGCCAUAUGGAGUGCCAUCAUAUGACUAUCACAUCGUAUCCAUUUCUUUUGUGAUAGCUAGUUAAGACUGUUUUCUCUUUUUGCUAUUACAGAAUACAACACAGGAACAUUUGUGUGUGUGUGUGUGUGUGCGUGCGUGUGUAUAUGAGUUUAUCUAGGGUUGCUUCCUAGAAGUUGAAUUGCAGAGUCAUAGACUAUUUAUAUUUUUGUUUUAAAUAGAGGCUUCCAAAUUGCCCUCCUGUACUAUUUACUCAGUCUUUUUCUUGAGGUUGUCUUAGGUGUAACAUUGUUAUCUACUUGAGUUUCAUCCUAAGUAGUGAUAUCCAUGAAACCAUGGAUUUGAUAUGCUAAUUAUGUAUUUUUCUAAUACAUAUUGAAAGGCAUAACUCAAAAUAAAUUUGUCUUUGUUCAACCAAAGAAGUCACAUACCACCAGUGGUACAUGUGCUGUAGUUUGGGAAAUGCUGGCAUAUCUGAAAGCACAAUUUGGGAGUCGCCCUGGUUCAAAUCCUAGCUGUAGAAACUUGAGCUCAUUACUUCACCUCCCUGGAUCUCAGUUUCCUCACAUAGAAAAGGACUUAAUCUGUGCCCUAUUUGCAGCCAUGUAGGGAAGAUGAAGUGUGCUGGAAGGAGUUUGGCUGAUACCUAGAUCAUCCCAGGCCUUUCAGGGUAGCAAUUGCUAUUUGCCCCACUUUACAGAUGAGGAAACUGAGGCCCAGGAAGUUUAAGUGACCCAGCUACCAGGUAACAGUAAGAAUUUGAACCCAGGCCCCCCCCAAUUCAGUCUUGUGCUUUCUCCACUACAAGGGUGGUUUUCAACCUUGGCUGUGCACCAGAAUCACUUGUGAAGAUUUUUCUUUUUUCUUUUUUAAAAAUCAAAGCAAUAUAUACACCAGGUAGGAAGUAAAAUAGUACAGAAGGGCUUACAAUGCAAAGCAGCUGUUCCCUGCUGCACCCCCACAUCCAAAGGAUGUGGAGCUCCUUGCUCUGGUCCCACCCCUGGAAAUCUAAUUCAGUAGGUGUGGAUAAUAAUCUGGAUACCUAAUUCUUACCUCACAUGGUAGAAAGGAUUAGAUGAGAUGCCUUGGACUAAAGCCUGGCCCACAGGGGCACAAGUGCUGCAGAGCACUUAGGUCCUAAGGAUCAGAGAGGUGAAAGGCUUUGUCCUAGAACCCAGUGGGUCAUUGGUAGAAUCUAGGCUUCAACUAGGAGGGAUCUCUGCUUGCCCAGUGCUUUCCCACUGUGCCGCCUGCUUUCUAUCAUCACAAAGGAGCAUGUGCUCAGUGAAGGCUGUGCUCAGGUGAGAGCUUAUGGCACAGUGUGUUUCCAGGAGUAAGCUAGAUCCAAAUAGAAUCCCUAGGACUUGUUGGAGGAUGCUAGGUUGACUCCCUUAUACCCUGGACCCAGUAGCCUUGGUCUGGGGAGUUGAAGGGUGCUCCAUGACCGUGUUUACCUUUAACUGGGCACUUCACUCUGGGAAUCACUGUGUUGCCCACCAGGGACAUAAACAUGAGUCAAAUCUUUACCCCACCUUUGAGGAGCUCACUAGUUAGGGGAGGCAAUUCCUAGAACAGCCGUUAAGCAUGCAGUCUGAUAGCCCUCUGAUAGGAGUGUGGAAAAGGAAGGGCCUGUAGCUUAUACAGAGGUUCAGGGAAGGCAUCCUCUAGUCUAGGAGGUGACACCUGAGCUGAGUCUUGAGAGCCUGGUAGGAAUUACCUAGUUGAAGUGGAAGGAAUUUUCAGGGAGUGGGGACAGUAUGCACAAAAACUUGAAGACAAGAAACAGCAAAAACAGUUGAGAAGUACUGAAACAAGAUUUAACAGAGUUCAGAUUUCUUUCAUGAGACAGUGUGGUUCCCAAACUGGCUAUGCACCAGAACCACGUGGAGCACUCUGGGCUCCAUCCUCAAAAAGUUUGAUUUCUGUAACUGGGGUGAUGCCUCAGGAUCUUGAGUGCUUAGAAAAAUGAGCACAUGACUGUAGGGUAUAGCCAGCUUUGGGAACUGUAGCCAGAAGGCAGUGUGGGAGCCAUGGAAUGGUUUUAAGCAGGAUUGGGUUAAAUGUGCAUACUAUAUGCUCCCACACCUGUAGUUUCCCCGUUGGCUCAAUUUCUCACUGUGUGUUUGCUUGUUUUGUCUCUGAGUAAACAGAAAGCACCACAGGGAUGGGCCUGGGGUUAUCUUGCUACUGGCAUAUCCCCAGCAAAAAGCACAGUGCCUGAUCCAAAACAGGCACCCAAUAAAUAGUUUUUGAGUGAAUGAAAAUGUGAAUGAAUGCAUUUGUGAUGGAGAAUGGAGACAGGGAGAUCAGCUAGAAAGCUGUUGAAAAGCCCAGGAGCCCUACUCAAGGGCAAGGACAGUGGGAAUGGAUUAGAGGCAAUAAAAGUGUGAGCCAGACUUGAUGACUGAGGAUUACUGGAUGUGGAGGGUGACUGAGAGUAUAGAAUGAGUGCCCAUCAGUAGCCUAGAUUCCUACCCUAUUCCAGUCAUUCUCUUUCCUCAUCCAUCUAAGUCAGAAUCUCCUUCCAGCCUCAGCCACUGGAAUUCUUCCCUCAAGUUAGUUAAAAGUUUCUGUGUGUUGUGUGGUCCCCUCCCUCCCCCUCUCCCCCAAGCCAUUGAUUCAUUCAUCCAGUUCAAUAAAUCUUGGCUAAGCACCUCCUGUAUGCAGUGAGGCUCUUCCAAGCCAGGACUCUGACUCCCUCUUUCCUACCUCAAGAGAUGUUUUUGAGGGCUUCCCCAGGUAAGACUCCCAUUCCUUAGACAGUAACCUAAAGUGAGAUGCCCAGAUGUCAGACCUGUAAGGGAACUUACAGACUUUGUCCAACCCCCUCCUGAGGCCCUGGGAGGGGAAGGAACUUGCCCAAGGUCCCAUUACUAGAAAGUUUCAGAGCCAGAAGUGGAACCUAAGUUCCCUUUCCACAUCACCACUAGAGCCUUGAUCUCUUCCUUCACAGAUAGGACAGGCAGAGGUGGCCAGGGAGAAGGUGGGACUUAGGUUGGCCUUGAAGGUUGGUGUACUGAACAGGCCAAACAAGAAGCUUGCCAAUUACACUGCCCCCUUCUGGAAACCGUCAGCAAACCUGCCAUGCCCACAUCCCUUCUAAGGGGUUUCUUAAGCAUGAGUUGCCAUGCUCUGUACCAUGUGACCUCACAGUCCUGGCCACAAAUGGUUUGGGAUAGUAUCUGACUCAAGGACAGCCAAUCUCUAGGCCAUAGCCUAUUAGGUGGACGGGUGUAAGAACUCCACCUCAUAGGGAUGGCCUGUAUCAAAUGGCCUCCAGGGAGGCUAAAUGUGAGGCAUUCAGAAGUGAACUAUUAAUUAGCAUUUAGCAAGACAGAAGUGGUGAUGGAUGAGGGGUGCUAGAAGCUGAACAGAAAAAGCAUGGAGAAAGCUGCAGGGACCAUGAAACAUUUAUAUCAUGAGAACAUGGGGCCACAAGGUAGCAGAAGCCAUGAAGCAGCAAGACAACAUUGGGCCAAAAGGACACAGAAGCCAUGAAGCAAUAGGAGCCACAAUGUAGCAGGAGCCAUGAGGAACAGAAACCAUGAGACAAAACCCUGAAUGUGAGAUCCAUGAAGCAGCAGAAGGCUUGAAUGACAAGAUCCAGGAGGCAGCAGAAGCAAUGAGACUCUCAGAGCCACAAGGUAGCAAGGCAACAGGAAUCGAAGAGGCUGCAGGAAUGACCAGGCAAACAGAAGCUUCAACACAAGAGAAGCCCUGGAUGAACUGGAACCGAAGCCCUGGAAGCCAAGAAGCUGCAGGAGCCAGGAGGCCAAGAAACAAUGAGGCCCCCGAAGGCCAAGCACUAGCAAGGAGGGUAACAGGAAAAAAAGAAAAGAAAGAAAGGUAGUCUAAGUAGCAGUAGGAAGAGUACAAAUACAGCCAGAAAGAAGUUGAGUCACCAUUUUGGGAAGCACUAGAGAAGGGAGCAACAGAUGCCUGCAGCUGAGGGGGUGACAAGCCAGGCUCUAGAGCUGCUUUGGAUCGUGAACCAUUUUCGAGUUUCUGUUCCUCCAUGAGGCUGCCUGUGUAGCUGUUUUUGUCUUCCUUAUUUCCCUAUGAAUGCUUCAAUAAAUCUCCAUCACUAA